CCCGCUGCCCGCCGCCCUGCACCUCAAACCCGGCUGCAGCUCCCAGGAUCCCCGAUGCACUGAACAGAGACUUCUGGAGGAAGUUUGGUUUUUUUUUUAUCACCUGCACACACAGACACAGAGAGAGAGAGAGAGACGCCGCCCCGGACACGCAGGUGUGGGGAAACUUGAGGAUUUUUUGGGUUACUUUUUACGCACAGGAGGAGAUAUGGAGAACCUGGGAAUCUGAGAAUUGUUCACGUCUUCAUCUUUAAAAUGUUCCAUCACGGAAACACCAAGAAGUGCUUCACCAUAGAGUCCCUGGUGGGGAAGGAGGUGAGCGGCGGAGGAGGAGAUGAGCCCAUCCGGCCAACGGCGCUCCGCUUCCCGGACUCCCUGCACCCCGGGGUGUUCGGCUCCUGUUUCCCGGGGAGGACCUCUUCUUCUUCUUCCCUGUACGGAUCCUCCGGUCCGGACAUGGGGCUGCACCCGGACACACACACGCAGAGCCCCGGGGGAGGGCUGCCGCUGCACCCGCUGCAGAUCCCGGCGCAGAGCUUCUUCGGGCCCGGGCAGCACCGGGAGCUGGGCUUCUACCCCUGGGUGCUGCGGAGCCGGUACCUGGGCCACCGCUUCCAAGGGGACGACUGCAGUCCGGAGAACAUGCUGCUGCACGGCCCGUUCUCCAGGAAACCCAAACGGAUCCGGACGGCGUUCUCUCCGUCGCAGCUGCUGCGUCUGGAGCGAGCCUUCGAGAAGAAUCACUACGUGGUCGGAGCCGAGAGGAAGCAGCUGGCCAGCACACUCUGCCUCACCGAGACACAGGUGAAGGUUUGGUUUCAGAACCGCCGGACGAAGCACAAGCGUCAGAAGCUGGAGGAAGAGUCUCCUGAAGCUCUGCAGAAGAGGAAGGGCAGUCAGCACAUCAAUCGCUGGAGGGCGGCCACACACCAGCCUGGGGGUGGGGGGGGCGGGGGGGACGACGUGGACGUACUCAGCGAGGACUAG